AUGGCGUCAAAGGCUGCAUCACCCAACACCAAAUCCCACACUCGUACCUGUCUGUGUUCGCCAACCAAGCACCCUGGCUCCUUCAAGUGCAGCCAACAUCGUCGUUUCAACCACCCACCCGCACCUGUCCCCGCCCGUCGAGCCACGGCGGUGCGAGCCUGGUCGAAUUAUAGAGAAUUAGUUUUGAUUGCCGGAGCAAAUCCCCACAGGGCGUUUCUGCUUCAAGGCGCGAAGCCGUCGAGAUCGAGCGCUGUUAACACGCAAAGGAGAAGGAAUUUCCAGCCUAAACUUUCUAGGUUCUAUUUAUUGAAUGCCAAUAGAAAUGGGUUAGGGGUUUCGGUUUCAUGA